CCUCAAGCAGCGCAUAUUACCCAGUGGCACAGGAUACAUAAUGGUAGAGCCUUCACCUCAACCAACUCCAGCUCUUGGAAAAUGUGUCCGAGGACAGCCCAUUGUAUCACCAUCUGGUUUUUAUUAUAAGGACCGAUGGAUGUCAAUGACCUGCAAUAUUUACCACUUUGACACUCCUGCAAAAAUGACAGACUGUCUUCGUCGAAAAAGAGUUUAUCUGUUUGGAGAUUCCACUAUGCGUCAGUGGUUUGAAUACUUGAUACAAACGGUUCCAGGUCUCAAAACAUUGGAUCUUGGUAAUCCUAUCAAGAUUGGUCCUCAUCUUGCAGUGAACGUGGAGAACAACAUUGUGGUAGAAUUUCGCCCUCAUGGUCUUCCCAUCCAAUUCCGCACCUUUCCAAGACACCUGCGUUAUGAGAUGACAAUAGCACAUUACCUUCCUCACAAUAUACAUCCCAGCAGAAGUAUUAUAAAGAAUCAAAUAAACGUGUUUUUUUCAUAUGGGUGCCCUUCUGUAAAAUGA